CUUGAAACUUAGAUCCAAGUUUGCAUACAAUAAAUAAAUAUGAAUCAUAAGGUUAACUAGCUCUAUUCUUAACGAUUUCUGAACAAUAUCGUCCACACAUUGUUAAGAAAUAAAAUAUCGAUAAUCGAUAAUAGUGCUUCUCCGCCGGGGGCCAUAUAACGAAACUACAGCGUACUCUCAGCUGUGCGUUCGCGAUUCAAUUAUCCGGCUUAAUGGCGUUACGCACAAGCGCGUUCGAUCGAUCGAUCGUAUUUAGCAGGGAAAGGAUUAAAGAAAUAAGCUAGUUCGCACGGAGUUUGCGAUACAGCUUCGCAUAGUCGUGGAGUCGGGUCGUAUUCUUGAUGCGGUUACGGAGGUCGCCGCGGGUUGAGAGCAACGGCGUGGUUAGCCGCGACGACCGCAGCGACUGGUUCUGCCGCCUGGCGGCGCGGUGCGGUGCGGCGCUGUGUCUCCCUCACCCUCGUUAUUCGCAGCGUAUGCUCAUCUCGCUCUCUUUCUCGCUCUCUCCGCCACUUUCCACCUUUAUCUCUGUCUUUCUUCACCCUUUCUAUACCUCGAUCUCUCCUCUUUACUCGCCGUAGCGGAGCGUCCACGGUCGUUCGGUGAGCACCGAGCCGCACCGAGGACACGUAUCCACCGAGCGAACACGGGCGAACACGCAAACCGGCUGCGGCAGGCGGCAGGCAAGGCGGCUCCGCAUAAACCGCAGCCGACCAAGCGCGACCGACAGCUUCGCCAACACUCCACGGCACUGCCUUAUAUUCCUUCUUCGCCCCGUGGAACAUGACAAAGAGCGUUUCAACUAGACCAGGAACGCGUUAAAACAGGAUCGAGAAAGGAAGGAAAACGGUGAAACGAGAUGCCGGCGGAGGGGAACCAGAAGAAGAAGAGAGAGCAGAAGUCGUCGAAUAAGGGGGAUGCUCGUCGUCUCGGUGCAUCGCGCAAAAAGUUGAUGCCUGGCGAUAAAUAGAACUACCAUCGCAUCGUCACUACGGCACGUCACGUAUUUAUUUCAUUAGGAGGGUCCUGCACUACCGCCUCCGGUUGCACGAGCAAAAGGAGGCGAGGCAGCUGGAGGAGAGGGGGGGUAGAAAUUGUGCGGAGUGCUUUUCUGUACAUAUGUAUGUAUAUAUCCCAUCCCGCGUUCCGCGAAGCAUGACAAUGGGGUUUUCUAAUCCUCCUUUGGAUUAAGGGUCGAAAGCAGGGCUCGGUGCACGGUGGCGGCAGGGCGAGAGAGCUCCAGGUAAUGGGAUCGACGUUUCGUUAUGUUACUUUUCCAUUCUCAUCCUCGGCCUCUAUCCUCGACGUCUCUCCCUCUCGUGGCUGGCCCGCACACAACCGCACGACUCCGCGCCAGCCUUUGGUGUCUCGGUUCGUAGGAUCCAUCCCACAGAGCCCUCCUCCUUCCUACCCGGUCCGUGUUUUUCCUCAUGUAGCCCCCUAUUUUUCAUGUUUCGCUGCGGCUUCGCGUAGCACCUUCAUUCCGUAUAGGAACAUCCGUGGGGCUUGAGCAACACUCCGCGCGGAUCUAACGUACGGCCGUCAACUCAAAAAGUUUCGUUCCCAUUGGCCGAGGUCGUGCUUUCAUUCGACUCUUUGCGGCGGUCUGGCGCCGUGGUGGGAGCGAACGUCGCGCGAUUGGCCAAGUAGCGUGCAGACGCGCGCCGAUUGGUCGAGGCGUGCAGCGACAGUCCGCGCGGAUCGGUUCCUUUACGAAGCGAGCGGACGAUAGCGGCAAUCAAGUAGGAAACUGCUUGGGACUGUGUGCUGCGCCGAUAUUCACAUAGGGGCACCCCCUUGCCACACGCAUAGGAUCGUACUUGCUACACACGGAUACUCGGAUACAAUCGCGUCGGAUGCACGUGUGUAUACGUAUUCCAUCCACAGUUCGCGCUCCGUCUCGCUCGCUCUCGCUUUAUAGAGGCACGUUGUAGGGGUUGGGAAAACGGGUGGAGGCGCCAUAUUUGUGGUGGUGUGGGAAGCGAGGGAAAUCACGAGUGGCGAGAGAGGCAGCCAGUCGGCGGGCAGUUGGGCGAGUACGGGGAAAGAGGAGAGAAAGAGCGAGAGAGAGAGAGAGAGAGAGUUUAUACGGACAUCCGUGUCAGCCCGGUGACGGCCAUUUUGCGAAAAACUUUCGAUUUGUUUGCACACGCUGAGCGAACCGAGAGAAGCAACUAAUACCUACGCGUAUGCAUGGCACGCCGUGUUCCGUGCUCUGUCCUCUCGUUUAUUCGACCGUAUCUGCGGGACCGAAAACUUUCGAGGCUUCUAGUCUUCGUGCUUCAACUUGCAAAAAUCGCUGGACCUAUACACCCGUAGAAUACACGAUUCGCGUUACGAUAUCUCUCAGGGGUAACGAUCAUUCGCUCUCCCUCUCUCUCUCUCUCUCUCUCCCCCUCUCUCUUCCUCCUCGAAUCGUAUCCCCGUUAAAACGAAGCACGAGCGAAGAGAUAAUGGGACGGCACGAAAAAAGUAUUCCAAGAACCGUUUGUUCCCUUAGUCAUUGGUCGUAGCACGAGAUUGAUACUUUGAAUUGUCUAGAUUCCAAAGGUAGUUGAAUGUAGUCAGCAAAUAUUGUUUGCACACACUCGUUAACCGUCGUAUCAGCGAUAAUAGCUUCGAACGAAUGGAAAAAAACGAGCGUAAUCAACGUUGAUAAAUGAGCGCGUUGAGUCAUCUUCCAUUAAUACAGAAACACAGUCGAUCGCUGGCAUUAAAUUUCGCAACCGUCGAUAUAUGUAUAACGCGAGAACGAAAAAAAACCGACGGUGAAACAAUUCACGGUACAUAAAACGAACAAAGAAAAACAGACGAGUUGAGAGAAUUAAUAAACGUAUCGUGUUGGUCGUGUACAUAAUAAAAUCAAUGUAUGUAUGUAUGUAUGUAUGUAUAUCGUGUUCGAUUGCGCUACGCUUAACGCGGGUAUAACCGUACGUUUCAAACCAGAUUAAUUACGGUCAACUAAAAUGGCCCUAAAGGCAAGCCCGGGUCACUUGUCGCGUCAACGGCGUGCCGAAAUCAUGAUGGACGUAUCCGCGGCUUCAUCGUUGGUCGAUAAAGCAGAUCGAGUAUACGAUAGGACGACAGGUGCUAUGAAAUAGAGAGUGGCAGAAAGCAAAAAGCGAGAAAGAGCGUGGUAUACGCGCGCGAGAGAGAGGAGUCGAGCAGAAGAAGGAUACGAUAGAAAGAGAGGGAGGGACGUACCGACGUUUUAACGAGCCGUGAUUUUCGUGCUCGCCUUUUCGAGACCCUUACGUAACGCGACUUAAUUGUGAAGGAGCUAUCGCGCCGGUUAAUACGAGCGUCGAGAACGAGGAGAGACAUUCGAGGGGGUGCUUGGCGGGUUUAACUGUGGAGUAACGGCCUGUCAGGGUGGGGGAAGGGAAAGAUGGCUCAUGGAGGGGAUACCAUCCCCACCACUCGCUCGUCCAUCAGUCGCUCCGAGGCCGUUGAGCGGAGAAGUUUGUUCUUGUUGCUCGUCUGUGCGUUUCGUGUUUCGUAUACACUUUCGAGUCGCGUUCCGACAGUUUCUUUGGAUCGGUGUUUUGGUUUCGAUCUUCGGACGCGUCCCCUUUGACGCGAACGAAUUUUCCUGGGUUACGUACGGACGGAAAGACGCGUGCGUGCUAGUGUUGGUAAACUUAACCUCAAAGUGGCGGCGGGCCAUCGUUCAGCUUCGUAAACAAGUGCAGUGUUUCUCUUGUGUGAUGGUGUUUCGAUCUUGAGCGAGUGGAGCUACGAAAAGGAGCCGAGAGGAGAGUCGUUCGUUGGUUAAAUGCAAAGAAAACAACGCUUUCACGGGAAACGCUUGACGCGGCUGUCGCUCUGUUUUACCGACCGUGUAUAAAGGGCACGCCACGCUCUUCGCGUCCGAACGGGAUCCUCCGUGGCGUCGGUGUCAGAAUUCUAACCUCGAUGAACGGUCGAAAUACGUGGUGACACGAGUUGUCUUCGCGACACGGUGACAAUAUUUUCGGCGAGGAUGCGGUAGUGGCGAACGACGCAGCCACCGAUGGAUCAUCUUCGUGCAUCGGAGGCGGGGACCUUCUCGAUCGAAUCGCGUCGACAGAACCGCGGAAAGGAUCGCUUGUCCUCGUAGCCCGCGCGGGCGUUUUGAAUCGGUGUUUUUGUUUAUCGUCGUUCGUUGUUAUUGUUGUUAUUUGUUACCGUUGGUGUGCCGCGUGACAUGAAUCGUAUCGCUUACGUGAUUUGAGAACACGCACGACAGUGUUUCGAUUUUCUACCAGUUUGAAACCAGAGAGGAAAUAUGUAUCCCAGUGCUGGAAUCAACGCCGCUGCUGUGGCUGCCGCAGCUGCUAGGCAUCCGGGUCCACCGCAGCCUGGCCAGCAAUAUAAAUUCUCGAUCGGCGAGUUGUGCGAUCGUAUCAAGGAGGACUUCAACUUUCUUCAGACUCAGUAUCACAGUAUUAAGUUGGAGCUGGAGAAACUCGCCCAGGAGAAGACGGAGAUGCAGCGCCACUACGUUAUGUACUACGAGAUGUCCUACGGGCUGAACGUGGAAAUGCAUAAACAGACAGAGAUAGCGAAGAGGUUAAACGCCAUAAUUGUUCAGACCCUGCCGUUUCUCUCCCAGGAACAUCAACAACAAGUCGCCACUGCUCUUGACAGAGCCAAACAAGUGACCAUGACCGAGCUGAACGCCAUUAUCGGGCAACAAAGGUCAGACUUGCCGAGGCUGCUUCAGCAGGUGCACGCCCAACAGUUACCACCAAGUGCCGCGAUGGGCCCCCAUCCAGGUAUACCCGGUCUUCCUGGCCUGGGUCCUGGAGCUGGACUUCCUGUUCCAACGUCUGCCUCCGCCGCUCUCCUCGGAUUAGGUAUACCGCCCGGUGCAGCAGCCACUGCCGGAGGCACAGCUGCACAUCCUCUUUCGAUGUUAACCAAACCGGACCUUCAUCGGGGACAACCUGAUGACUUGAAGCACAAUGGAGGUCUUAAUCCCGCCGAGGAGAGGCAUAGAAAUUCGAUAUCACCUGCCGAACGCGAAAAGUACAGCAGGCCACGAUCACCAGACCCCCAACACCACGAACACCUAAAGAAAAUGAAGAAGGAGCAGGACAAAGAUAUAGGCCAUCCGUACACGUUUUCCCGACAGCAAAGCGAUGGUGAAAAGAGCGACCAGGACUUGGUUGUAGACGACGCCAGUGAAGGACCAACGAGUCCCGCGGCGAAUGGCACCUCCUCUCCCAGAGAAAACGGCCUCGAUAAACUUGGUCCAUCUUCGGUGCCUUUGAGCAGCCAGGUGAAGAAAGAAGUGCCACCACCCUCGCCCAGAAGUGGAACGAGUAGCAACGCUAGCACACCUUCAGCCAAGAAGAUGGAGGAACGGGAGAAACCUACCACACCCAUCUCGAAACCUGUCACACCUACGUCAGCCGGUGGUAGCAGCUCCGGCUCUGGUGGUCUGAAACCAUCGAGUUCCAGCAAACCGCUGGUCUCGGCUUCGGCGGUCGGCCCUUAUCCGCCACACUAUCCGCCGCCACAUCAUCCACCCGCAGGACCCCAUGUGGACAUGUUGGGUUAUGCUCCUGCCCUGAAUGGAUAUCCCGCAAGACCACCACUUCAGCAACUGUACGAUCCUCAUGGUACCAUGAGGGCACCUCUUGGACCUCUCGGCGUACCCGGUGGCAAACCGGCGUACAGUUUCCACGUAUCGAGCGAAGGCCAGAUGCAGCCGGUGCCCUUUCCACCUGAUGCUCUAAUUGGACAAGGAAUACCGCGUCAUGCGCGCCAGAUAAAUACUCUGACACACGGCGAGGUGGUGUGCGCGGUAACGAUCUCAAAUCCGACUAAAUACGUUUACACCGGUGGCAAAGGAUGCGUCAAGGUCUGGGACAUCAAUCAGGGCGGCAGCGGUAGCGCGAAACACGUUUCGCAGCUUGAUUGCUUGCAACGAGACAACUACAUCAGAUCCGUGAAACUCUUGCCAGACGGUAGAACCCUGAUCGUUGGCGGCGAAGCGAGUAACCUAAGCAUCUGGGAUCUGGCGAGUCCAACGCCGAGGAUCAAAGCAGAAUUGACCUCGAACGCUCCGGCGUGUUACGCAUUGGCCAUCUCGCCAGACUCGAAGGUCUGCUUCAGCUGCUGCAGCGACGGAAACAUCGCCGUCUGGGAUCUACAGAAUCAGUCUUUGGUCAGGCAGUUCCAAGGGCAUACGGACGGGGCGUCUUGCAUUGACAUCUCGGCAGACGGGUCGAAACUGUGGACCGGGGGUCUCGAUAACACAGUGCGUUCCUGGGACCUCCGAGAAGGCAGACAGCUUCAGCAACACGACUUCACCUCGCAGAUAUUCUCUCUUGGAUACUGUCCGACCGGGGAGUGGUUGGCUGUGGGUAUGGAGAACUCGAAUGUGGAAGUGCUUCACGCGACGAAACCGGACAAAUAUCAGCUUCAUUUGCACGAGUCGUGCGUACUUUCGUUACGUUUCGCUACGUGCGGCAAGUGGUUCGUCUCGACCGGCAAGGACAAUUUACUCAACGCGUGGCGCACUCCAUAUGGAGCCUCGAUAUUCCAGUCAAAGGAAUCCUCGUCGGUGCUCAGUUGUGAUAUUUCUACCGAUGACAAGUACAUAGUGACCGGAUCUGGUGAUAAGAAGGCUACCGUGUACGAAGUGAUAUACUGAACUGUCUGUUGGACCAGAUACAAUCGAAACACCGGAUGUUGUCGAACGUGUCACGUUUCUGAAGUUAUCGUCCAUGUAAGAAGAUAGAGACGAACUUCGAUUUAUACGAGCAAAAGAAGAUGUGUUCUAAACAUGUGAAUAUGUUCCAAAAAAAAAAACUUCAAAAAUUGAAGAUUGUAGAAAAUUGAAUUAUAUCCUGAAGAAACGGUCUUUUUGUGAAUCGAGUGAUAUCCCGUGAACGUGUGUUAUAUUUGUUAAAUUUGGAGUACCCGUAAACAGCUUACGCGUUGCACAAGAAACGAAGAGGAAAGCUGUGAAGAACUGAAGUUACAUUAUAUAGAUAUAUAUAUAAAGGUGGCAGAAUGUUUUUGCUAUUUAAGGUUGUAUAGAACGCAUGGUUAUAAAUAGGCCUGAAAUGACGACGAAUGAGAGAUUAGGCGUGAUAGGGUUUGCUCGCGUGAUUACGUGAUCUUUUAUUAUCGUUUGACUUCGAGCAGGAAGUCGCUUGUGUAAUAUGUUACUAAUGUAAUAUAGAAUUUUACGAUAAAGUAUCAUAAUUGCGACCGUGAAGGAUGCAAGGCGAAAUGUUAUCGGUACAUUACCGCGCGUGAUGUCCUCGUGUUUUACUAUCGACGACGAACGAACGAACGGACGAACAGAUGCCUGAAAAAAUUUGUACGGAAGCACCACGAAAUAGAGCGUAGACCCGUCUGAAGUAGGAUUGUGUCUCGUGUUGUAAGAUUCUACGUAAUAUAUCGAACGCGACACGUAGGGAACGAGCGUUUAUCGCGGAUAGCAGAACCGUAGAUCUACGAACCGAUGUAAUUUUGAUCGUGCUAAGAUGUAUAAAGGAAGCUGAGACAUUGCGUGAUCCUUGAUAUUUCGAUUAAGAAGAGUAUAAAGAUUUCCCAUCGACCCUCUCACCUCUCUGAACAAAAAUUUGUAUCCGUAUAGAGCGUUUAGUUCGGAUUCUGUUCUUUCGUUGCUCUAGUUUGGUACUGCAGCGUAAAUUGACAGAUCGGUAACUGUGAAAAAUUGUGAAAGGCACGGAAGGAUAAAGCAACAACAAUACAUUCGAUCUCGGCAUUUUCUGUAACACGUGUAACGGACAAUAGAUUUCGAAGCUUUUCCCGUCAUCUUGUAUCUCUAACAGGGUACAAGUAUACUUGGGUGCAAGCUCCCUUCGGAUGCGUAAUACGGGGGUGAGGAGUCCAACGAUUUUUUGGGGAUUGAAAUAGGUAAACUUGGAAUUUCUUAAUUUUUAAAUUUCUAAAUUUCCAAAUCUAAUUCCCAAAUCGCCGAACUUCAGAAUCCCCGAAUUUUACACUUUCAAAAUUUGCAUAUCUUCGAGUUUCCAAAUUUUCAACUUUUCAAAUAAACUUGAAAGUUUGUAAAUCUGAAAACGUACCAACCGAAACCACCGAGGACCCCUUUCCCCUAUAUCGGCAUUUUCCGCAGGGGAGCCGCACUUGCCAUUGUAUGUACAUCGAAUCCCCUUUUUAAACUGGUGUCAAGUUUCCACGAUUGUCGAUAGUGUUUCGAACACACUUUUUUUAUCCACGUACCCUUUGUUGCUGGCUUCGGUGAAUCGGUUCGUUUCUUUUAUUCAAACGAAUUCAGUUCGCAUAAUGUACCGAUUGCGAAGAGAAAAAGUUUCGCAAGAUGUCCACCCGGUAACGAGAUUCAGACGGAGAUAAAACUUAGAGAAUCGUGAACUCUGUAGACACCGCGUAUCCGCGAGAUGUUCGACGAGAAUAUUUUUGUGACUGUCCACACGAUGACAUUUAGGAUUUAAUUUUAGCAAGUCAAUCGACGAGAUCGGUGAUUGUAUUUGUAUCGCAACCGGAACAAAUUGAAGUGUAAUAGUACACGCGGUAACGAUUUCUUCGAUGCCUGCGAGACGGCGUAUAAUUAAAAAAAGAAUUAGGGUAUCACUACUAGGUAGCGCGUUAUUAUUCGGAUCUUGAACGGUGAAAGCAGGGGAUGCAUAAUGGAGAUUUAUAUUUUGUUACAGGAAAGACACACGUUUUACAUUCGCUGUGAUCGUCGUAGAAUCGACGCUGUAUACUGCCUCGUUCAAACGUAAUAGAAACUUAAUCCAAAAAAAUUAACGAAAAAAUGGAAAUAGUCGAAAGAGAAAACAAACUGAGAAAACAGAAUAAGAUUUUCGACGAGCACAGCUCCGACGAUAGACCAAUAGAAACAACGAUACCUCAAGAAGACUCAAUAGUUAAUUAUCUCUUUAACUUGUACAGAAUCGAUAUUCUUUUACAGUGAAUGGUACACAUGCCCACGCAUACACACAAACGCACCGGAAAGACAUCGACAAAAUGUGAAAAUCUACACAGCAGCGAAAUAUCGUGAUUCAACAUCCGGCACCAUGAGUUAACCGUUUAUUGUCUCGCUCGUUCAUUCAAUUGUGUCUCCGUGCUCGCAAUUUUGCACUCCGUGUGUACGAAAGUAAAAAAAGUAAAUACUUAUGCGUUUCCAGUCAGAACAAGAUGACAAACAAAAAUUAAGAAAACGAAAAGACAAGCGUUAAUCCUUUCCAAGCACAGUUCAUGUUGUUCCUAUAGCUACGCGAAAAUUGUUUCUUUUGACAAUUAAAUCAUCUAUAUCUAUAUAAA